AUGAUUCGGAUUAUCAUCUUAGUUCUAGUCCAUAUUAUUCUAGCCCAAACACCAGAACGUCAAUAUGUCAUUGAAGAGGAUUUUUAUCAAGGAUUUAAAGCGAGAGAAUUUUCUAUUUAUGAUCGAACUGGCAAGAAUCUUCAGUAUCGUCUUGAGUCGUAUAUAAGUUUUGGACAAUCAAUUGAACUCGUUGCCUACCCAUCAAAAAAAGCGGUCGGCAAAGCGUAUUCAUCGAAAAAAGGAGCAGUUUACCAAGGUACAUUGAAAAUACGUAAUUUAGAUACUAAAAAAUGGCUCAAAGGUACUAUCGUUCAGCAUUAUCAAAUAUUAGGUCAGCAUUGGACUAUCUCAUGGAAUGACUCUCGUCUGUCUAUGGAUACGGAGCCUGCUUCGCUCACAACUUCCUUUUAUGAUGGAAAUCAAAGCGAUCACACUUGUUUGGCAAAAUUUUACAUGCGCGUUCAAUCAUUGAUUUGGGUCAAUCAAUACGAUAUGCAUAUUUAUUCGAAUAUAAUUCCAGACAGUGUCUAUCUGCUUAGUUUGGCUAUUCGCGAUUACGCUAAUCAAUUACGACGAGUUGGUUAA